AAAGACAAUAGAAGCCCCCUCCCCUUCAUUGCAAUUCAACAUGAACAAAAUCUUUCUUCAAUUAAUUAUCUUGGUUGUAGCAAUAUAUUAGGAGGAGGGCUACCAAUCAAAUGGCUGGCUCUUGGUAUUUUACUUAUAUCAGGAUGUUCCGUGGCUGACUUUCCCUAUCAGCAACACGAGAACGCGACUGAAAUGAUUACGGCAAAUGUACCUUGCGAUGCAUUGAUCACAGCCGGCUUGAGCGAGCGUGUUUUGACAGCGAUCGAUCCCGAGUAUGGGGAUCGUAUCUCAACUUAUUGGUCCGCCAGUGCUCAAUUGCGACCUUGGUGCAUUGUCAAACCGGAAAAUACUGAAGAAGUGUCUCUUGCCCUGAAAACACUGACGAAUGCCAACCAAGGCGCUGGUAGUUGGCACAUCGCUGUCCGCGGUGGUGGCCACAGUUUCUGGCCGGGAGCGAACAACAUUGAAAACGGUGUCACCAUUGAUCUGGGCUCUUUGAACUUUUCAACUUAUGACUUUAACACUGGUUUGGCAUCUCUUGGGCUUGGUGGUUCCUGGGCAGCUGCAUUUUCCAGCCUCGCAGAUACGUAUCAUGUCACAGUCGUAGGAGGCCGCGAAGGUCAUGUUGGUAUCGGCGGUUUUCUCAUCGGUGGAGGUAACUCUUACUACACCGGCAAACAAGGAUUUGGCUGUGACAAUGUCAUCAAUUUCGAGGUUGUGUUAGCCAACGGUAGUGUCGUCAACGCCAACGCAUCAUCAAAUGCAGAUUUACAUAAGGCUCUCAAAGGUGGCACAGGCCAACGUGCUUACGACUAUGAUCUCCACGCUGAGGUUGCGCCUGAGACCUUAGUUGACUUUGCAUCCGCAGACCAGUCUCAAGCCGACGAUGCACUUAUCGUCUUGUUCGUGACCAGUGGCGAAGGCAUCACGCUUUCUACAGCACAAGUCAACACCCAAGGUGUCACGGACUCUUCCAGUUUUGCAAAGCUGGCAGCAUUGCCUCCGGUAGUUGAUAGUAUGACCACGCUCAGCAUGGCUGAACUUGCGGCUGGAUCCAUCAACCCCGCCGUUUUGCGGACCGUAUGGUUCUCUUUGACCUUUGCGGCCGAUUUAGAAUUCCUCAAAUGGGUCACUGCACUUUACGAAACGCUGUUCGCUAAUCUGACAACUUCACUAUCGACUGACGAUUUUAAUGCUCAGUUGUUGUUCCAACCGAUUCCAUCAUACUUUGGACAGAUCGGCGUCGAGAAAGGCGGCAAUGUACUCGGUCUUGGCAUUUUGCUUACCUCUAACGCUGUUUUACUACUCCUGAUCAUCCAAACCGAGGUGGUCUCUAGUGAGGCCGUUGCUCAUGCUUAUGGAAGCACCUUCAUUGCCAAUGUGGAGGCUGCUGCUAAGAAGACAGGCAACAAUCUACCAUUUCGAUUUCUCAACUAUGUCAAUCCGAGCCAGGACCCAUUGAGCAGCUACGGUGCUGAGAAUGUGGAAUAAAUUCGCAAUCUCGCAGCAAAGUACGACCCCGCCGGUGUGUUCCAAACACGCGUGCCUGGUGGCUUCAAGAUAUUCCGUGUAAUAUAGACCACCUCACAAUUUUGCGGAUAGCGUUUGUUUCUGCGCUCGGGUUGUUUGUGCAAUACUCUUGGUUAAUUUCAAGGCAG